UUCUUAUAAGAACAAUGACUUCUCUAAUGCAUAAAAGUUUGAUACUUAUGGUCUUUGCGACACUAUCUUUAAAGGCAUAUGGAGACUUACAGCAGUGGUGCAUAGCAGAUGCGCAGGCACCAGAUUAUGCGGUGCAGAAAGCAAUGGAUACGCUUUGUAGUAAAACGGGAAUAGCAGAUUGCACAAACAUACAAUUGAAUCAUCCUUGUUACCUUCCAAAUACUGUGAAGGAUCAUGCUUCCUAUGUUUUCAACAGUUACUAUCAGAGGUUUAAGCACAAAGGAGCCUCUUGUUAUUUCGGUGCUGCUGGAAUAACCACUACUAAUGACCCAAGUCAUGGAUCUUGCAAGUUUGAGUAUAUUCCUUGAUUGAAGUUUGGAGUUAUUUCAUUUCUCAAGUCUGCAUUAAAUUCAAGUUGUUUUAUAUUAUGACAUUUAAGUUUUUCUCUUCUACAAUCUAAAUGGUUGACAAAUAUUACCUCCCAGCAGUGUUUUAAUUUUAAAAACUAUUCCUA